CCAGAAGCGGCUUUACCAAAUAGACAGACCCCUGCCAGCUAAACCAUUUGAGCUAGCUGCAUUUCCUAGCUAUCUACAAUUUAUUUAUUUAUUUUUUUCCUGGAGAAAUUCAGCUUCCGUCAUGUCUUCAAGGACUCUUCCACUGCUUUUUAUUAAUCUCGGCGGGGAAAUGCUGUACAUCCUAGAUCAACGUCUCCGAGCUCAGAACAUACCUGCUGACAAAGCUAAGAAAGUUUCCACAAUACCUGGCUGGAUAGAGGCGGACAGAAAGAGAGUUAUGAAUGAUAUCAUCACCACUAUGUUCAACAAAAAGUUCCUGGAAGAGCUUUUCAAGCCGCAGGAGCUUUAUUCCAAGAAGGCCCUGCGGACUGUAUUUGACAGGUUGGCCCACGCGUCCAUAAUGAGACUCAAUCAAGCUAGUAUGGAUAAACUCUAUGACUUGAUGACCAUGGCUUUCAAGUAUCAGGUGCUUCUCUGUCCACGACCUAAAGACCUCCUCCUUGUCUCCUUCAACCACAUGGAUGCAAUCAAAGACUUCGUGAAAGAUACUCCCAGCAUUCUCAGCCAGGUUGAUGAGACUUAUCGACAGCUUAUAGAGAUGUACACACCUUUGUCCAGUGGUGAAUUCCAGCUAAUUAGACAAACACUUCUAAUCUUCUUUCAAGACAUGCAUAUAAGGGUGUCUAUUUUCCUCAAGGACAAAGUGCAGAAUUCAAAUGGCCGCUUUGUACUUCCCACCAGUGGUCCUGUGCCCCAUGGCACACAAGUCCCUGGCUUGAUAAGGAUAUUUAGCUGUACAGGUGAGGAGAUCACUAGGCUGAAGUUCAAUAAUGGAGGGAACUACGCCGCUGCGCUCCGCGAAGGAUCCUAUGACAUUUUUGGAGAUAGAGUCACAAAAUUGGGCACAAACAUGUACAGCAUAAGCCGCCCAGUGGAAACUCACAUGUCUGGCACAUCUAAAAAUUCUGCUCAGCACACAAAGGUCAGUGCUGCACCAAACCCUCUGGCCAAAGAAGAACUGAACCUGCUGGCCAGGUUAAUGGGAGGGUUAGAAGUUCAGAAACCAGGAAACGCAGACACUGGCUUCCGAAUUAACCUCUUUGCCACUGAUGAAGAAGAAGAAGAGGCAUUAAUAUCAAGACCGGAUGAGCUUUCUUAUGGAGUCAUAAACAUCCAAGCAACCAAGGACCAGCAGGCCAAUGCAGAGUUGGCAAAGAUCAUGGGUGAGUUCACAGAGUCAGGAGAUCAGUCUCCCACUGCCUGCAGUAAAGGAGAUGACCUUCUGGCCAUGAUGGACGGUUUGUGACAUGGUCACAGCGACAGGAACACCCAGGAACUGGGAAUCAUGCGUCAUCAACAGUCUGCACCAGUAAAGACCAGUCUGCUUUUUAUACCUGCAAAUGUACUGCAGCAGCAUGACAUGCAGCCAGAAAACCUGCAUGCUGGAGCGCAUUUAAAAAGCAGAUGUGAGAAGGUGUUUUCUUUUAGUUGUCACAUGAUCAGCUGCAUUGAUUGAUUGAUUGAUUGCAUAUUUGCAUUUAAAAACACAGAAUGUGUGGUGAGGCAGGCUUUAAGCUGUAAUAGUAAACUCACAGGAGUUUCAGUUCAGCACGAUAUUCAGUUGGUUUAUAUUAGUUUAUUGACCGUGUGGUAAUAGCAAAGCAAGUGUUUAUGCAGUGCAAUAUAUUGCAGUUUUUAUUCUGUUGUAUAUAAUAGUCACAUUCAUUUAAUUAAAUUUAGUGUUAAGUCAUUACAAUGACCUAACAGUCGAUUUUCAGAUUGAGUCCACAAUUUUGUUAUUCUUUAUUUCUCAUUAUUCCCCUUUUGAAUUGUAUCUUAUCUUUACACCCCGCAGAGAAGAAGUUUGUGAACUUCUUAUUUUAUUCUAAUGAACAAGUGAUUAAGUGUUGGGAGAACUGGAGGAAACCCAAGUGCUCUUUUUCAUCGUGAUUUGAACACUUUAAAGUCUUUAUUUUGGUAACUGUACUGUUCUUCUUUAAAACAGUGUAAGACAUAUUCCACUAUCCUGUGAUGUUUAUGUGUGUUAAUGUGAACUAUCGAAAUGUGCUUAUUCAUGAGAACAUUGUUAUAGUAUACCUUAUUGCAAUAUAACUUUGUAAUAUGUAAAUAUGUUUAUUGCAUAUACUUUAUUUUCUGUGUAGGGGAGUCCAUAUUGCUGCAGUUGUUGAAUGUGCAGUGUAGUAUUUUUAA